AUGGCACAGCCUGGAAACCGUAAGGCGGGUAACCGCCGCCGUUCCAGCGGGGAGCAGGCGGUUAUUGUCGGAGUGCUGCUGACGCUGAUCUUUCUCGUUUACAACGGACGGUUUCCGUCUAUUCUUCCGUCUCGUAAGAGCACCCUGAACGACAACCUCAGCGCCACGGCGCUGCGCAAACUCCAGGCGGAAGAUGCGGCGCUCCUCGCGCCGGAAGAACCGGAGAGCGAGGGAGAGGGCCAGGCAGCUUCUGACGCUGAGGAGGGGCCUUACUACAUGGAGCCGCGGGUCAAGGACUGGGACGAGCAGCGGAACGCGUACAUCGCGGCGCACCCGGGGUGCAACGUGUCGCGCGACGGCAAGCCCAAGGUGAUGCUCGUGUCGGGCUCCAACAGCAAGCGCUGCGGCGAGGGCCCCAACAGCGGCGACUUCUUGCUCCUCAAGUUCCUCAAGAACAAGCAGGACUACGCGCGGCUGAACGACAUACCGUUUUACUACGGCAUGGGCGCGAUUGACCCGCGGCUGAAGACGUUCUGGGUGAAGCUGCCCAUGCUGCGCAUGCUCAUGCUGCAGCACCCCGAUGUGGAGUGGUUCCUCUGGGUCGACUCGGACGCCAUGAUCACUGACAUGGCGUUCCGCUAUCCCAUAGAGAAGCAGGCGGACAAGGUGCUCGUCCUCUCGGGGCUGGACGCUGAUGUGUACGGCAAAAAGGACUGGUUGGCGCUCAACACGGGAAGCUUCCUCAUCCGCAACUCACAGGAGGGGCUGGAUUUUCUGGACGACUGGGGGCAGUACGGGCGGUCGGAGAAGGUCACUGUCAAGUGGGGCGAGAUCGCCAGCCGCGUGCUCCAGAAACGCAAGAACUGGCCGGCAGACGACCAGACGGCGCUGGUGCUGAUGCUGACGGGCGAGGGCGAGAAGGAGGAGGACAAGGCCAAGGGGCUCAAGCCGCUGGCGGACCGCUGGGCCCCGCGCACGCACCUCGACCCCACUUAUACCCUGCACGGCUUCUGGGGGAUCUUUGUGGACAAGCUGGAGGCGAUAGCAGCAAAGUACCACAACGGGAUGGGCAACUGGGAGUGGCCUUUCACGGUGCACUUCACGGGGUGCAAGCUGUGUGACCGCAAGUUCUCUGACUAUGACCCCGACACAUGCGACCGCGGCAUUCACCGGGCAUAUGCCUUUGCGGACAACCAGGUGCUCAAGAGCGACAGCGAUGAUAGCGGAAGCAGGCGACGGAAUUCGGUGUCUGACGAAGAGCGAGACGACCGGCGGGGCGAUCGUGGGCGACGCGUGCGACGGAGAUAUUCGUCGGACGAGGAGGAGGAGGAGAGGAGGGAAGGAAGGGGGAAAGAGGAGAAGAGGAGGGAGAAGGCGAAGGGAGGAGAGUCCGAUCGGCAUGCUUCGAAGCAUGCGGAUCGGCGUCGAAGCGAGAAGCGGCGAUCAGACAGCGAUGCGGAGGAUGAAGAGGAUGAGAGGGGGAGAGGACGUGGAAACCGCGACAGCGGGAGAGGCGGGAGAGACAGUCGCAGCGGUGCUGGCGGGAGGCGGAGGAGGGGGAGCGAGUCCGCGAGUGAGAGCGAUUCGGAGGCGGCGGGGGAGCGGAAGAGGGGGCGGCGGAGAGGGGGGGAGGAGGAGAGGGGUGAGGGGCGAGGGGGGAAGGAGGGCGGACAGAGAGCGCGUGUACGGCGUAGCGGGAGUGACAGUAGCGAGGAAGAGGCAAAGGAGAGGAGGCGGAGCAGGCACCAAGAAGAGGAGGAGGAGGAGAAACGAGCGGGGAAAACGGCGAGGGCGGAGAGAUCAGCGCGGGCCAGUGCGGGUCCUUCCGCACGCCCAGCGCGCGCCCAGCCAGUGAUGGAUGCAGCAGCGCUGGCAGCAGAAGCUGCGCGCGCUGCUGCUGGUUUUGGCCCUUCCGCUGCUCCCCCUCCCCUCCCGCCUCCCCCGCCCGCUUCCGCCCCCCCCAUCCUUCCCCCUCCUCCGCCCCCCCCGCACUACCCCUUCUCCGCGCCCCCUCCUCCCCCGCUUGGCGGGCCCCCUGUGCGCACCACCCCCCAUGCUAGCGGAAAUGGGGCGGCUGCAGGGGGGCGGGUGGUUGCUGACGUGGACAGGUCGGCGGCAGGGGGGAGGGUUCUUGCUGACGUGGACCCUGAGACGCUGCAGGCCAUGGAAGCAACGCAGAAGGCUCUUGAGGCGAAGGAGGGGGAGAAGAAAAAGGCAGCGCAGCCGUCGUUUGAGCUGUCGGGAAAACUGGCUGAAGAAACCAACCGCUUUCGAGGUGUCGCGCUCGUGUACAAUGAGCCUCCAGAGGCGCGCAAGCCCUCCAUCCGCUGGCGGCUAUACGUCUUUAAAGACGGGGAGCCUUUUAAAGAGCCGCUCUACAUCCAUCGCCAAACAUGCUACCUCUUUGGUCGAGAGAGAAAAGUUGCGGAUGUGCCAACAGACCAUCCGUCGUGCAGCAAGCAGCAUGCCGUCAUUCAGUUCCGCCUGGUAGACAAGGAGGAGCCGAGUGGGGAGAUAACUUCCCUUGUGAGGCCCUACCUUAUGGAUCUCGGCAGCACCAACGGCACGUUCCUCAAU